UGCUCGGUUGGAUUUUAACAGGUUCCGUUCCCUCCGAAGAAACAAAAAUAAAUGGCAAAGGCGACAGACAAAAUUCAACAAUAACUCAACAACAAACACAAAACCAUUUUUGUAGUGAAAAUAAUACUAAUUUUAUAUUUAUACAACAGCAACAACAUCACCAGCAUCAACAGUAGCAGCAGCAACAACAGGAUCAUGCCAGCAAUUAUGGCAAAACAAAUGAUGCGCCCGGCUCAUCGAAUCCCACCGAUACGCAUGGUGGCGCAUUUCGAGCACACGGCGUUGGGAUGCAAUCGCACAACGGUGACCACGUAUCUGGCACUAGUUCGUCACAACAACACAAUUCGAUGCCACACCUGCAAGCAUUCUACGGCGGCCUGCACUCGCAUCUGUUCCGCAGCCAACAACAGGCUGCAGCCGCAACGCAACGAGAAUCCACAAAAGCAAAAAAAACGGAAGAAUCGUGAUCCCGAUAAGCUCUUCUUGCUCUCACUCUACGAGAAGAUCAAACGUGUGCCCGAAGAGAUACGACUCGAUGUCAAGGGCGAACUCAUACAGGUGCUCAAAAAAUACCAGAAAAAACCACCGGUGAAACAAGAGAAGCCCCAAUCAUAAACACAUGUACAAUCCACAGCGUCGUCAACGAGCAAACAAAGUACGACCACCACAAAUGACAAGUUACAAUUGUCACAGCAUGCGCAAAUAACGCACAGCAUAUAUCAGCUGCAAACGUUGCGGCAACCCACACCACACGAUGCUUCAUGGCAUCAGUUCGGACGCCGAAGAACGAGACGAGGAAGUCAUUGAAUUGACACAGGCACAGCAGGUCGAGGCAGCGGAAAUGGAAGAAAAUUCAUUGACAAUCGGCACGACGGAUUUGGACCCCUCUCAACCAUGUCAACCGACGUCAUCUGUCACGCAAAGCUCUGACCAACGAUCCUCCCACGCAUACCACACGCCCACGGUCGAGCCAGACUCGAGUCGUCUCGCCGAUUUCGGCGUGCUGGUAACUUCUCGUCUGAGACUCGAUUCGUCUCAGCGACAUUGCCCAGACUGAGCGGAACGCCAUUCGUUCCACCGGCCACCCCAUCCGAGGCGAAGGCGUGGACGAGACGCUCGACGUCAAGUAGAUGCACGCCGUAUCAUCAAGGAUAGGCAAGCAACACUACCUUGGCAGCAAAGAAGUGCGCUGUCACCAACCGCCUUAAUAAGAGUUCGAACUGCUACAAGGUUAAUAACAGUGCGUUCUAUGGUUAGCCCAGUCAGUCCAUCCAUUGUUAUCUUCGCCUCCACGAUUGCGACUGCGUACACAUGCACGUGGAGACAGCCGAGUUUGCGAUCUAAUGUCUCGGGACAACCAUGGUGAAGAAUCAGAAAUCUCCGUGAGUGCCCCAAUACAACGUCGUCCAUUACCACCGGCGCCAGUAAGGUCUCUGGAAGACCACACAUUUCAACUCUUCCAGAACUUGAGACCGGCAGACAACGAGUUCUGCAAGUCAGCGCCAGCGAGGUAAUUUUGGGAGCGGACGUCUACUCCCGGCUCAUGUUGCCAGGGUUACAACCAGCGGCAGUGGGAUAACUCAUCGCCCAAAAUACGACACUGGGAUAUAUGAUAUCCGGCUUCGUAUAAUAUCGGCACAAUAAAGUACACUGGCUGCCGACGCCUCUCACAUGUACCACCUACCCAGGAUCGAGUUAGACUCGAGUCGUCUCAUCGACCACGGAAAGUGGUGACUUCUAUGCAAAUUGGCGGAAUGGCAAUGACCGAGUCUCAGAUUCGUCUCGUCGGCCGCCCCAUCUGCAAAGAAGAUGUGGAAGACCAAGUGCAGGAGCCAGUCGCACGUUAGUUUUAAGUAAUUAAUUGUAAACUGCAUUUACAGUAAUACUGCAAGGCGGGGGAAUGUUGACGCCGCCCCGCCAAAUUUCUUUUGUUACGUCUGUAUCGGCCGAGCAAUCUCUUCUUCGAAGUUUUUUCGAAAUUUUAAUUCGAACGCAACCAAACAUUAACUAAAAAAAAGUUGCGCGCUCUCUUCUUUUGCGACAGCUCACCGAUCCAGACGUGAAUCAUUUGCGCCGUCCGUUUCCCCACGGCCGACCACAACCACGAAACGAGCCACACCGUGCUCCACCACCCGAAUUAUCAGCAAUACUACAACCCUAUUACUAUGCCCUUAGCUCAGCUGAUAUUCUGCUGAUAUAUAUAUAACAUAUAUUUUGCUGCAAUAUUGCAGUAAUUAUUUGCGCAAAACGUGUUGCUUAGAAAUAUGGAAGCUUUAACGCAUAUAAUUGCUGUCGAAAUAUUGCAAAAUGA